AUGACGGCCUACAACACACUGUCACUGGUGGUGGUAGGCCUGUUGUCGGUCAUAGGCAUGGUUGACUUAUUUGGAUCUAAAGUGGGGCCUUAUGACCUCGAGAUUGAAAGAUUAGCAGACUGUAAGGACCAAGGGUCCCGUCAAAUUAUUAUUGGAACCAAAAUAACUAAGGCUGGCAGAGGGAAGUAUCUGUAUAAAGAGAAAUUUUCGUUUCUGGUUCCUGUUGAUGAUGACUUCAAGGAAUACGUCGAAGUUCAAAAAUGGGGAAACGGUGGCUGGAGACCAAAAUACAUGGAGGUGACUUUGAAAAACUGCGAUGAAAUUUUCAAUGUACUAAAAGACAUGUACAAAAACUUGAUGAGAUCUGCGGGUGUUAGUUUGGAAAAGUGUCCUAUCCCUAUGGGGAACUACACGGCUAAAGACUUCAUCAUCGAGUUGAACAUUGAAAAAACCGUACCUGUCAUGGAGUAUGGAAAGUAUCGAGCACUUAUGAAUCUCAUAUAUAAAGACGAAAAAGUUGGAUGUAUGAUGUUCUACGUUGAAGUGGUUCCCAAGUCUUUGGGUUCUUUGUUUCCCAAAGGAGACGUCAUCUCCAAUGUAUCUCUGAAGCCUUUCAUCUUCAGCCUGUCUUCAAACAUCUUCUACUAA